AUGUUGUCGCGCAGUAUCCUUCAAGCUACACGAAGCACUGGGAAUAAAUCUCUAGCUAGAGUGAUCUUUCUAUCUACGAACAAAGCUCAAUGCACUAGCUCCAACUUCCCCGAGGGUCGGAGAUAUGCUUCUGUGUACGGCUACACGCAAGCUAAGGCACUGGUCUAUUCGAAAUAUGGCGAGCCCAAGGACGUACUUCGUCUACAUAAACACUCUAUCUCUGCUCCGCAUGGCACCCAAGUGAACCUUCGCCUCCUUACAGCACCCAUGAACCCAGCAGAUGUCAACCAGGUUCAAGGAGUGUAUCCCAGUAAGCCCCCAUUUGAGACUACACUUGGCACCAGCGAGCCCUCGGCUGUCGGUGGCAAUGAGGGUGCCUUUGAGGUUAUAUCUACUGGCGCUGGCGUCAAAGGCUUGUCUCAGGGUGAUUGGGUCAUCAUGAAACGUACUGGUCAAGGUACCUGGCGUACGCACGCCCAGAUGGACGAGUCUCAGCUCAUCCGCAUCGAGAACAAAGAAGGCUUGACGCCGUUGCAAGUUGGUACCAUUAGUGUAAACCCCGUCACUGCCUACCGCAUGAUUCGCGAUUUCUGCGAGUGGGACUGGAUGCGCGCCGGGGAAGAGUGGCUGAUCCAGAAUGGUGCCAAUAGUGGUGUUGGCCGUGCUGCGAUCCAGUUGGGUCGUGAGUGGGGGAUCAAGACACUGAAUGUUGUUCGUGAACGGAAAACUCCCGAGGAAACUGAGAUUUUGAAGCAGGAGCUGAAGGAUCUGGGUGCGACAGUCGUUGUGACUGAGGAAGAAAUGCUCACUGGCCAUUUCCGAGACUUGGUCAAAGAAGCGACCCGUGGAGGUCGAGAGCCUAUCCGCCUAGCGUUGAACUGCGUUGGUGGUAAGAAUGCCACAGCUCUUGCUAAGACUCUGGCACCGGAGUCGCACAUGGUCACCUAUGGUGCCAUGUCGAAACAGCCUGUGGCUCUUCCUUCAGGCCUGUUAAUUUUCAAGAAUCUCACUUUUGAUGGAUUCUGGGUCAGCAGAUGGGGCGAUAAGAACCCAGAGCUGAAGGAAAGCACUAUCCAGGAUGUUCUGCAAUUGACUCGUGCGGGUCGGUUCAAGGACAUUCCCGUAGAUGAUGUCAAGUGGAACUGGAACUCUGAGGGUCCUGACCUGGCUGAAAGUGUGCAGGGCACUCUGGGUGGCUACCGUAGUGGAAAGGGCGUGUUCACCUUUACAGGUGGCGAUGAAUAA